AUGCCAUUUGAUCCCGACAUGGCCAACGAGCUCCUCAUCAACACUACCAUCUCAGCACUGGCCCUAAACGAGCGCUUCGACACUGUCAACGGAACGGAGACCCGCACUUUCAACGUCUACCGCUUCGAGAACAAACUCGCUUUCUUCCUACCGUACGGUCUCUCACUCGCCCUAGCAAUACCAAUCCUAGUGCUAGGACUCAUAGCUCUCUACGUCCAAAACCAUGGCGUUUCGGCUAUCAGUGGAGGUUUCAUGCAGCUUCUUAUGACGACUACUGGACGCGGUUCACUCGAAGCAGCAAUCACGAGAGGCUCUGGCACGCUAGGUGGAUACGAAAACGUUUCGGAAGAGCUGCGUGGGAUGGAGGUUAGGUUUGGAGAACUCGUUGAUCUUAGUGGGGAUGAAGUUAAGGAGACUGACACGCUUCUGAGCGGGCGUGAUGGGCUUGUUAGUGCGCAGGAUGAUGAUAGUUCGCAGUCAGGUGUGCAAACUGCGUCUGGAACGGAACGCUUCGAGGACAGCGUUUCUGUGGUGCGAAGGGCUGGCUUUGGCACGGUUGAUGAAGUGGUACCAUUCAUGAAGGAGGACGCAGAACAGUAG